GGUCAGUCAGUCGGAGUUCAGCAUUGGUCGGUAUCGGUCCGCAAACCUCUACGCGCUCGGGAACGAACGUUCUCCGGUUGGUCUAUCGCUAGUUGAUUACCUUGUGGUGUGUCUGCAAGGUGUUUGAGGAGUGCUGAGGAGCAACUCCUGCGCUGCAUCAAGGAUUAACUCAUUACCAGUUAGUAGGUGCCCUCUCUCACUGUUUCGGAGUGGUUCGUCGUCGGUGAAAAGUUGUUGCGACGGUGUGCUCGGAGCAGUCGAAAGGGUUUUGUAUUUCGGUGAAAUAUUUUCUUUCGCCCUUUGCCACCCCUCGCCUUCGUCGCGUAGUCGUCGUCGUCGGUUCGUUUUUGUUUUGUUUGGGGGUUGCCCUGAAGGUUAGCAGGAGGGUGUACUGUUGUAUUUUUCCUCGUUCUUAUCGUGGUGGCUCUUUUAUUCUUCUUCGCCGUAAAGAAGGAGAUUCUGACAGUGCGCGUCAGUGUGUUGGUGUUUUUAUCCGCCGUUUUCCGUUCGUCGUGAGGAGGGAUACGUUCGCGAGGUGACACCAUCAGAGUGCGGAAUGUUUUCAAAUAAUAUGCAGAAUAAUUUGGGCUCGUGGAAUACGACGGAGCCUAAGAAGCAUGUUGAGGGCAAUGGUGCCUAAUUAUUACUGUCUGCUGUGAGGUUUUCACUUGCAUUUAAAGUGGGCAGUAAGCGAGGAAAAGCUUUCACUGCAGGUACGAGCAGCGAGAAAAAGGUUAAAUUUUUCACGGUUCUCCCUUUUCUUUUGGCAAGAAUUGAAAAGUGACGGAGCCAAAAGGAGCUAUGGCUUUGUGAAGAUUGAGUUACGGUUGGUUUAAUGGUGAAACGAUUCGGUAAUUACGCCUCCGACCGUGUUUCUUCACGGAUGCUUUGGCGAUGAUAAUGAUGUUUCCGUAGGCUGUUGCUUGCUGACACCCAUUGUGAAUGGAAAUAUUUCGGUGGAUGUGACGCGGAAUAAUUGCCUUUCUGUGUUGUGUUCUCUCAAUUCGAACCAUUGCAGCGAUUCAGGCGUGUAGGAGGAAUAAUACAUAACGCUGCCAUUAUCGAAUGUUGUGUUUGCUCCGAAAGCGAAGUGUAUAUGUUUUGCCCAAACAACCCACCCACCGUCUGAUGGAAGAAAACGGAAACUCUUUCCUCUGACUAUCGGAUAACGGAUAACGUCUGCGAGUGGCACAGUGCUCUUUUGCCGGAAAAUCUAACAGAUAAGAGAAAAGAAACACCCAAAGGAUACACAAACACGCAUCCCCAUCGGCGGCAAGUGGAUAUUCUGAACGAGACACUCGGAAAAAAUAAAACUUUCACCAUUUCCCAGCAGUCAUUCGAACACAUUCCACAGUGUGAAUCCGGGUGCCAUUAAAAAGCCGUCGCCGCUCCUCGUUGAAAUCGAGCGCAAUUUAAAAGUUUUCCUGCUCUUAAACAGCAGAGCUAGAGCAGGAACUUGUGCUGUGCUGUGGUUUCCGGGAAGCAGUCAAGUGCGGGGAACGGGGAUGUUUGCUACUAUUUUUAUUGCCUCGGAAAAAUAAGCAAUUAAAAUUUUGCGUGGAAAAUUAAUUCAACGACAACAGAGAGCGUGUGUCGACGACAGUUUUUGUGUGCGUGAUCGGAUACAACCGGGCUCCGGGAAUUUUCCGAGCAAUAAAAAGAUGCUUUCCGGAGCAAGCGGAAGCUCCAAGUGGUAAACCUGAGGUGUAAGGAGGUCGUUUGUUUGCCCCCUCUUAACAUCUCCUCCUCAAAGGAAAAAAAAAGAAACCAUAAGAAAAACGCAAAUAAGUGGAAUUGUCUGAGCAGGGGGUCGUUGUUGAGUCUGUACCGGAAGGCAGGUGUCGUCGUCGUGUGCUCCCCAAUGUUGUCGACAUUCCGGGAAUUACAGAACGAGGAAUAAAAUUCUUGGAGCAACAGCACCAAUAGCCUCAGGAAGAAUUUUUAAAGAUUACCGACCCUAAUCAAGCAACGGGACCUUUUCGGGCACAAAUCAGGAAACGGCAAAGACUAGAGCAGAGAUUACCAUUCCCAGAAGAAGGCAGCAGCCAUUUGUGCACUCUGUGUCUAUGUAAACAUCAUUAAAAUUUGCUUUUUCAACACCCGAAAACCCCUGGCUGUUGUUGUUUUUACUGUACGAGUGUGGGUGGUUUUCGGAUUGGAAAUUGUGACCUCACCCACCCUUUUUUUCCGGGGCUGUUGUUCGGUUCGUUUAAAGUAAGAGCAAAAUCAAACAAAGUGUAACGCGUUUUAUUUUCCCUCAAAAAGCUGCGAGGCGUCCAUUAAAUUCAUCAAAAGAAUCAUCGAGCAAGGGUGCCAAGUGGCGUUUUUCCGUUCUCAACCCUCCUCCGCAAAUCGGGAAAAUUCCUGCGAGCGGCAAAAGGUUCGGCUUAGAAACGCGUCGAAUAAGUCAUGAAUAAAUGAUUUUAAUGGAAAAUAAACAGCCUAGGUGAAGGUUUCUGGUGCCCGGAAUCGUUGCUGCUGCUACUUCAGCCUGUCUUUUCUCCCGGAAUUGAAGAUUGCACCGUCAAAAUCCUCACCCUACAAGAAGCAGCCGGGGCUCAGUGACUUUCACAAAGUUGAAUCUCAGGCCGGGUGGUAAAAGCGAUUCUUGCUGCCUGCCUUUCCCAGAGUCGAUGUUUUCUUGGGUCGUGAGCCAAAAAAGUUCCUCGGUUUUGUAGAAUAAAUACCCGAAACCGAUGCGAAAAGUGAUGAAAAUUGGCCACUCAUUCCCAAAAUUCUGCACCCGGCACAUGUUUUGCGGUUUUAUCCGCGAGUGUCUGUUUCUUUGAGCGCCACUUCUAAUUAGUGUCAGUGUUUUGUCUUGAUCCGGAGGAAAACAACCUGUGCCUUCAGGAAGCUGAAGCGAGCAGGAAGAAGAAAAUAACAACCGGAAUCUUUUGACCUAGUUGUUUUUGCGAAGCGGCUCCCGGUUUCUUUUUUGGAAACGAGAAAACCAAAAAAAUAAAAUAGAGUCAGUGAGUGAACGUGAGGGUGUUGAAUUGAAACAAAAAUAAGUCAGGAUUCGCAAGAAGCAACAACAUUUCGGUCGCCCCAAGGAUUGAAAACCCGGCCGCAGAAUGUGGCUUCAAGGAUUUUUAGUUGCCGUGCUCGUCUGUCUGGUGAGGUGCACAGAGCCCGAUGUGUCGGUUGAAGCAGCAUUUCAAGGUCAUUGUGGGCAUGGGAGUCCUUGCGAACAACUGUGCUACGAAUUGCACGAUGGCAUGUACGAAUGUGACUGUGCGGAUGGAUUCGAAUUGAACAAAAAUGGCUACAGCUGUCAAGAAAUCAACUCCACAACAACGGAGGAAAGCAUAACGAAGCGGGAGGAGGACGUCCUGUAUCAACGGGGCGCCUCCUUCAGCGCCAAGCUGGACAUGUCCGACCUGCACAUAUCGAUGAAGAUGUACGACGAGGACGACGACGGAGAUGGGCAGAACGAGGGGGAAAUGCGACCCAUCAAUCUGAACGCCCUCGAUGGCCAGCUGCUGCCGGCAAGAAAAUCGAACCGUAAUUGGAAAACGAUCAGUACAGCGACGAAAGGCGACAGCAGUCAAGUUCCGAAAUCUUACGCCGAUGGCCAUCAUCACAGUAAUGGUCCGGCCCCGAAGAGCAGAAAAGAUGUCGCUAGUAGCAGUAGUGGUAGUGCCAAUUUCCGGCCAGUUCCCAUGGAAUCGGACGAUGCUGACUCAUUACGGAUGCAGGCCGAUGAGGGCGAAAAUCGGAGCAAAAUUGGACGCCCGGACAUGAUGACGAGCAGCAGCAGCAACAGCCAUGACGAGAUAAAAGCUCUGGCGCUGACGGCACUCGAGGACGACGAAGAUGAUUUUCUGCUGCUAAAUGGUGGCCGGAGUACAAUUACGGCAACGACCAUGAGAACGCCACAAGUCUCGCCGGAAGUGACCGCAGGAGCUGCAUUCCAACAAACGGCACUCACGGGAACUGAUCCUGGGACCACAUUGGCGCCAUCAUCCACACGUGAGGUUGAAAGGAAACCUUGCUCCCUGGAUUGUGGUUUCGAAGGCGUCUGCAGCUACGGCGAAAGUGGCCAAGCCCCUCGAUGCAUUUGCCCAUUCGGGAAGGCUGGCCACAAAUGCGAAGACGAUGUUCGGAUCAACACUCCACGAUUCAAUCAACACUCAUGGUUGGCCUUUCCGGCCCUUCGAGGGGCCUACAAACAUGUACAGCUUCACAUCGAAUUUCGGCCCGAGUCAUUCGACGGGAUUCUGCUGCUGACGGGCGAGCGGGACGACCUGACGGGGGACUUUAUGGCUUUGCUACUGCAUCAAGGAUUUGUAGAGUUUUGGUUCGAUUGCGGCUCCGGAACCGGCCGGGUUCGUUCGGAGGAAACCAUCGUCCUGAAUCAGUGGAAUACCAUCACCAUCUAUAGGCAUCGCUGGGAUGCCUGGCUGGUCCUGAAUCAGGGCAAUCGGGUCCAGGGAAGAUCCAAGGGCCUAUUUUCGCGGAUAACAUUCCGGGAGCCGGUGUUUCUCGGUGGCUUUGGCAACAUCACUGGACUGGACAAGAAGCUACCUGUCAGCAACGGAUUCACCGGAUGCAUCCGGAAGUUUGUUGCCAACGAUCAUGACUACAACUUUCAGCAGCAACAACAAUCACCAUCGGGGCCCGGCGGAUCUUCCCUGGUCGAUGUUUCGCAGGGAUUCGAUAUACAGGAAUGUGUCACCGAUCGCUGCAGCCGGUUCCCGUGUCAACAUGGCGGCAAGUGUCUACCCUCGGAUGACGGUGCCAUCUGUCUGUGUCCGCUGGGAUUUGGCGGUGAUUUAUGCGAGAUGAGACUGGAUUUACAGGUGCCUUCGUUUAAUGGAUCCUCGUACCUGCGAUACGCCCCGCUCGGCGAUACCUGCAUCAUUUGGUUUGAGUUGAAGAUUAUCAUCAAGCCGCUCCUGGAGGACGGUCUUCUGCUGUACAGCGGCCAUCACGAGUACGGUGACUACAUUUCGCUGUGCCUCAACAUGGGCUACGUGGAGUUUACGUUCGACCUCGGGAGCGGACCGGCCACUGUGAGGAGUGAAUUUCCUCUUACGAUGGGACAAUGGCACACAAUCAAGGUUUCGAGAACAUCACGAUUGGCUGUUUUGAAGAUCGAUCAACUGCCGGAAGUAAUGACCGUAUCCCCGAACGGUUUCUGGCAUCUCUCGCUGCCGCACAGUCUGUAUCUGGGAGGGGUUCACAACAUCCACACGCUGCCGAUGAGUCUCCGGGAUAAGGGAUCCUUUGCCGGAUGUGUACAAAAGGUGGACAUCAACGACCGCACCAUCAGCAUCAUCUCCGAGGCACUCGGCGGUUCCAAUGUGGAAAACUGCCCGCACGCUUGCGUGGCCCGUCCGUGUGGUCCUCUGGCGAAAUGUGUCCCGGUACUGGACAGCUACGAGUGCCAGUGCCAUCCGCAGAACCGACAGUGCAACCAGGCAGAAGAACUCCCAUCGGACGUGAUCGAACAGCGGCAGCGACUUUUGAAGCAGCACCAGGUCGAGUUGCAGCAGGAGGAAUUGUUGAAGGAACAGUUACGGAGGGGAGAAUUGCUGGAAGGGGAGGACGACGAUGAUGAGAGUGGAAUUGAGGCGACGACGGAAGUUGACGGAGUCACGGAAAAGAUACUAACGGAUGUGGUGGCUAGUGAUGAUGAGUACUACUACUAUUAUGAUGAAGAGGAGGAUGAGGUGGGCAAGGAUGCAGUAGUGGGUAAUGAAAAAAUCAUGAGCAAAGCAAAAGGUGAGAAGAUGCAGUUGGACGUUAGCACGCAGCAGCCCAGUGGGAACGAUGAUGAUGAUGAUGAUGAUGAUGAUGAUUAUGGUCGCAUGGCUAGCAAAGAUAGGAAAACUUUGAAUGAGAAUGUCAAACGACCGGAAUAUGAUGAUAACGAUUAUGAUAAUGAUGACGAUAGUGGCAUUGACGAGGAUUUCGAUAAAGAUUCAUGGUUUAAAAAGGGUAAAACGAAGGCUGCAAAAUAUAUCAAACCAGUAAAAACGACCUCGAUAGACAAAAAGCGAAUGUCCCAUAAAGCUAGUGACAGCGAUAAAAAACAGCACAAGGAUAAAAUUCGAAAAUUUUACACCGCAAACGUUGAUGAAGAUAAAAAUGUUGGUGGCGAGGAGACGGAUGGCUUCCGAGAGGAACCUGAAAAUGACAGCAGCAGCGGCAGCAGUAACUCAAACCAAAACGGAAAUAAUAAAGAUUAUGAUCGCAACGGAGACCGGAUACCGUACCGUCCAGAUCUAUUGAAUAGGGCAAAAAGUGGACAGUGGACGACGCACCAAACCCGGCGGGGGAAAGGUCAUGAAAAGCACCAACCGGAACGGGAUCCCGACAUUGAUGAAAUAUUAAUCGAAGAGAUGAACAGAAUAAUGAAAAAUAAAAACGACUUCGAUGGCGAUUAUGGAGGAGUAGGGGAGCAACAGCAGAGCGACUCGGAUAGCCUGUGGAGCUUGGAUGAGGAGGAGGCGAGACAUCAAGGGGCUCCCUUAGGUGGUGAUACUCAGAAUCAACCCUUGGAUCCUAUUCGGGUAGAAGACAAUGAUGAUGGUGUUGACGAUGAGGAUAAUGACGACGACGACGACGACAACGAUGACGACGUAGCGAGAAAAGAUAGCACUCACAGCACGUCCGACGUUGAUGGAAUGCAACAUAAUCCACGGCGUGAUAAAAAUCCCAACUCGAGCUCUGACCCCCUUAAACUAACAACUCACAACACCGCCCAGGAAAGUAGUAAACCAUUGGUCACCGGGAGCCAACAGCAGCAGCGUUUUAAACAAUCCAAACUGAACCAAAACCACGGCGACGGAAUACCCCUGCCCCUCAAGCCGCUCAAAUAUCAGAAGAACAAAUAUCCGCGCCGCUAUCAGGGGGCCUGUUUCACCGGAACCGAGAGCUUCUUCCAUUACAGCGAUGCGGAAACGAUGCGGAGGGUCAUCAGCUACGAGAUCGAUCUGAAUCUGAGGUUCAAGACGCACUCGACCAGCGGGUUGAUUCUGUGGACCGGGCGGCACAGCGCCCUGGAGGGGGACGAUUUCCUGUCCCUCGGAAUCGAAAAUGGCUACCUGCAUCUACGGUACAACCUCGGCUCCGGUGAGAUCAACAUUAAAUACAACGCCACAAAAGUCAGCGACGGCCUCUGGCAUCGAGUGCGGGCUCUCAGGAACUCCCAAGAUGGCACUCUGAAAGUGGACGGUGGAAAGUCAAUUACACGAAGAUCACCAGGAAAAUUAAGACAGCUUAACACUGAUACGGGACUAUAUGUCGGUGGCCUUCCGGCGGCGUCUUUCUACACCCGGCAACGGUACACUUCCGGCAUCGUCGGCUGCAUCUCGGAGCUAAUCCUGGCCGGAGAGCUGCGGCUAAACUUCGAUUCGACGAUACUGGGCACGGCACACAACGUGGAACCGGGUGCCCCCUGAAGGUAAAUUUAGGACGAGGCCUUGCCGGCGCUGGCGUCGUCGCAGCUGGUGCUGUUAGAGACACCGACGUCGAUGAGCCCGGAACCGGAAACAGCAGCGUCGAUGGCGAACGGACACUGGCCCAAGCGAUCGAACGGCGCAGUAAGGGUUGCUGGAGAUUCACCGGGGAAGCGUAACAUCAACUGAACGUCCAUCAGAGUAAAUAGAAAGAGUUUUUUUUUGCGAUAACUAGAAUCUAAAACAGAGAGUGGUACGAAUCUGGCGAGAUGAAGUAGGAAUGGUAGCCUGAAAUGAUGAUGGUCGAUGAGUGUGGUUGGCAGAAAACGGAUGAGCAGCAUGAAGAGAACCAAAUUUCAAAACUAGUUGAAACGGAAUAAACGAACGAGUGAAUGAACGGUCAGAUCAACUACACACCGAUUUAGACUAAAUUAAAUUUUAUAUAAGAGAUUCAAUUUAGAAAGCUACGAGUACGUGUAAGAUUUAGGCUAAUGUAUUGUAAAUGUUUUAGAGGAUAAGUUUUAACUGAAUAUCUGCCCACGGAAAAAGUUCGCUGAAAAUUGGUCGACGAUGAAAAUUCAAACAGCAUUGAAUCAGAAGAGUGGAAUUCAUGGCCGAAGUAAUCAUUUUUAAGACCAAACCACGUUAACCACUUUUCAACCCUUCAAACUUAUAUUUGAUUUCUCUUGUUCUAUCACUUUACUCCAAUAUGCUGAAACUCAAAUGAAAACCUCAAAUCUAAAAAUUUAGUACUUUAUUUUACCAAUGGCCAUGAAUUUCAUCAAAACUGUUCAAUUUCUUCACUUGAACCUUUUUGAAAGUCAAACACCGUUACAAAACAUAUAUAAGUCAAUUCGUUGGUUUGCCUUAACGUUUGCUUACGUUAAUCAGAUGAUUUUGAUACUGUUGAGAGACUGAAGUUCGGUCGUCAUCUUUCAACGCUCAUUUCAUCCCAACUCGAGUCAUGCAAUACCUUGAACAUGUGAACCAGAACAAUAAAUCCACCAUAUCAAUUUGGACACAGCCAGAAAAUCUACAACUUAAUGGUAAAAAUGUUAACAUUACAGUUUCAUUAUUGGUCAUAACAGUUUCCUUUAAAUGUUUUUCAAAUUAAAUUCAAUCACAUUCGUAUUUAAACCACGGAGACUGUCAUUUAAGUAAAAAAAAUUGUCCAGCUUGAAAAAUCAAAUUUUGUGUAAUGUUUUUUUGCCUAACACCUUAUAAGUUUCCCUUGAACAAUAAUCUGUAAAUAAGACACUUUCUUGCUUAUAAAAAAAAAUAUAAACAAAAAGCUGGAAUAUACGAAACCCAUUCUUAUACAACACCGACCGCAACAACACGAUUAUACAUCUAGGCUAUAACAGAAAAAAAAAUAAACAAAUGGAGAGCGAAUUAUUUAUAACCCAGAAAGUCUCCGGAUUUAAUUUUCUACAAACGGAAAACCGACCCAAAUGCUUUGCCUCCUUGAGAGUUCUAAAACAAAAAAUCAGCAAACACGGCAGCACAGCUCGAAGUUGUUGGCAAAAAAACAAACGAAACAAACACUACAACAAAAGAUAAAUAUUAGUUUGUGUGCGAUGUGUAAAUAUAGUCAAAAAUUAGCAAAAACGCAAAGUAUCCGCUUAUCGAUGUUCAAAGAAAGUAAAAAAACUAAAAUCAGAGAAUCUUGAAACAGUUUAACAGAAUAAAGAAAAGUAAAAAAAAAAUACAACAGAGAGACAAUGUGAUGUGCAACAAUCGUGCUAGUAGAUUUUCUAUGACUACAAGGAAAUAAAGAAAAAAAAAACACGCUAAAAAUGGCGGCGCGCCAGUGCUGCUAGGUUGUUUUGUUUCCACCCUUUUUUUCUCGUUUCUGAAUGUGAAUUUCCCAAGGCUUAAAAAACAAAGAUGUGGCAAGCUAACAGUAAAUUGACAAAUGAAGCAAACCGUUCAGUUAACUAUAGAAGUAUUUUAUAGGCACACCUACACGUGGCUAAUAUUAGGUGAAUGUAUAGCAAAUUUUGUGCAUAUCAAACAAGAGGAAAAAGUCAAUAAUCGAUGGAAGAAGGUGAAACAUUAAACCAAAAAAAAACAAGAAGGAAAAAAAGACAACCCUUUACCGUCAUCGAAUUAUCAAUCAAUUGUGUGUUGUUACGGUUAUUUUCGGCUCUUCAAUUCAAUGUAACACUGCUGUUUUUUGGUAGAUUGAACGAACAUGUUUUCAUCAGUAGAGGCUAGUAAAAAUACCCACAACAACCAUGAUGUGAAGCGAUUUUUGAGUUAACUGCUUUUAGGUUUGUUGCACAAAGUGUGACACAGCAUUUACUGCGUAAUGGAAUAUGUAUAUUACAGAAAUAAACAGUAUUGGGUUUUGA